UAGUGAUGGCGGCGCUCAGUGAGACUUUCCUGUCACUGGAUACUACUACUCCCAGCCCUCCUCAAAGCCGCCGGAGCAACCCCCAGGUCUUUAGUUUACAAGUGGCAAUUUGACUUGCUCUGCUGCAUGUCUGGAGGGACCGUGGAAAGUGUGGAGACGCCUCGGGGAUUAAGCGAUCGUAGCUUAAAAAGAAAAAAAGCCAAACAAAUAAACAAAACCCACCCACCCUAACAAACAUGAGGCUGCUGGAGAGAAUGAGGAAAGAAUGGUUCAUGAUUGGAAUAGUGCUGGCGAUCGCCGGAGCUAAACUGGAGCCGUCCAUAGGGGUGAAUGGGGGACCACUGAAGCCAGAAAUAACGGUCUCCUACAUUGCUGUUGCAACAAUAUUCUUUAACAGUGGACUAUCAUUAAAAACAGAGGAGCUGACCAGUGCUUUGGUGCAUAUAAAACUGCACCUUUUCAUCCAGAUCUUCACGCUUGCAUUCUUCCCAGCAACAAUAUGGCUUUUUCUUCAGCUUUUAUCAAUCACACCCAUCAAUGAGUGGCUUUUGAAAGGCUUGCAGACAGUAGGCUGCAUGCCUCCCCCUGUGUCUUCUGCAGUGAUUUUAACCAAGGCAGUAGGUGGAAAUGAGGACCCUCCUUGCCUGGUGUCAUUUCUUGAGCUCUCCUGGGAGGAGAUUAGUCUAAAACAACAAAGUAGCCAGAUGUCUGGUUCUGAGAGAGUCCCAGAGGCCAGGCUACGGUAGGCAACAGAAACCGCGUGGGGCUGAAGAUCAAAGAUACCUGAGAAUUACUUAUGGGCACAUAAUAUGUGUCAUUCCCAUUAUUAACAGUCUGAGAAAAUUUGUUUCUCUAAUUAACCCUUUUGUUGGCGUAACCUUAAAUUUUAGUCACUAUAUUUCUUUUUUGAUAUGUGUUCUUUUGUGUGGUUUUGAGAAGUAUACAUAUCAAAAAAGAGAAAUGAAAAGGAACCUAUGUGCUUGAUUGAAAUCUCUAAGUACUGUUAUUCUUAUCCAAAAUAGAUAUGCUGUCCAGUGUAUCAUCAUUUAUCAUGAAAUGAGUGGCAUUAUGGUUCUAGGUUAAAAUUACAAAUUAAUAGUCAGGAGCUACAUGUUUUAAUGUGUGAAGAGCUCUUCUUAAAGCUCUAAGCCUUACUUUUAAAAGUACAAUUAUUUCAACUUUUAACUGCUUUAGAGUGGAGAUUUUUAGAUCACAGCUUCCUGGUCUUAAAAUGAAUUCAGGAUAAAUCCCAGUGGUGGGAAAUCUGUACCUUAUUAAUAGUUGACCUCUUUCUUUUCACAUUGGUAUUAUAAUGAAAUGCUAAUUAAACGUUCUUGCUAUCCUUUACCUGUUUGCUUUAUAGAUACAAUUUUACAUUGUUUAGACGCAGACAAAUUUGGAAAAUAUGAAUACAUUUGCUCUUUUGAGUUUGUUUUAAUCCUAAAGGCUCUGAAAGCUUUUAGCUGAAUUUAUUCCAAGGGAUGGGGAAACAUCUAAUUAUAACUUUUGAUGUGUUAGCCUCUAGAUGACAGUAUCAAAAUAGAGAACAAAAGAUUCUGGUUGGCCUUGCCACUUGUUUUUGUUUCCGUUCAACAUCAUCGUGUAACAACAAAAUCGUGUAAAAGCCUUAUUCCUGCUUUCCUUGAGAUAUAAUCAUAAACCAUUGUUACCAAGAGCCAGCUUUAGCGCUUUUAAGUGCUACAACACAUUCUUUAACAUCUAGUAAUAUAAACUUGGCAUAAAAGCUGUAAAAAUGUCUUUAGACCUAAUUGGAGAUAUGUGUUAGCAAUAUAGUGCAGAGAUUUCAUAUUCUUUGUGUAGUGGUCAAGGCUUCUUUUAACCCCUUGAGGAAAAUGAAGCUCCUAGGAGCAGUUUGUAAGGAUUAAUUGAUUUAUCUCUUUGCUUCUAGAUUUAAGUAUUGAAGCAAGAAUAAAAUUGGCUUCCUGCACAAAGCACUGGAGAGACAACUGUAUUUUUUUUUUUUAAGAGCAGAAUUUGUGUUACUUUAGUGACAAAGGGUGAUCUGUGCUUUCGCUCCUUACACCUGUGUUUCUGUUACUGCUUACCCCAUCGUCAACAAUAUCAUUUAUUAUCACUGGGGAGUCUGGUUAUUUGUUUUCCUAUUUUGAGUGCAAAUUGAGUUCAGUUAUGACAACUGUGCCAUAAACAUUUCUAAGCUCCAGUUACUGGCUUACUUUAAACAAGUAGUAUUUGGAGUAACAAAACACUUCCCAGUAUCACAAUAUUAUUGUCAGUUCCUUGAAGGUGGUUAUAUAGCAGGAUUUGAUUUGAAGGAAUGAGAGUCAUGGUUCCAGGGCAAAGGUCCAAUGAUGGAAGGAGCAUUCCAUUCUGUUGUGGUUCAGGGGGCUGUUCUUGUUUCUUCCUUUCAAGGAAGUCCUCAUUUCCUCCCCUUCCCACCUCACCCCCAAGACACACAUGCUUGUGUAUGUAUACACAUUUAAAAUGGGGAUUUGCUAAGGAGAAGACCAAAAGGUAACUCUUUUAAUUUUUUUUUUUUUAAAUCUUUCAGAAGUUGCCAAUGUUGCUGGUCAUGUUAAUGUAUUCAUCUUGAGUCGCUUCAUUGACUCCUGAUCCUCUUGCCCCUUCCCCCUCUUCUUCCUCCCCUCCCAUUUAUGUUAUGGGCCAUUACUGUGAGUAUCAUCUUUUGGGGCAUCUCUCCCUCAACACUGUGUACAGAGAAAUGUUGAAUUAUGCUUGAAAAAAUAAGCAUUAUCAAAUUUAAGGAGGUGAAGAGUGUUGGUUUUCUAGUUCCUGCUUUUUCUUCAUUCACUCUACCUUCCUUACUCAUAGAUUUCUUUGUAGAUUACCUCCACCUCUACCCUGUCAUAUUUUCUCUAUUCUUCAUCUUUUAGUUCUUAAUUGUGUUUCAGCAGUCUGCCGAUAGCCUUCCAGGAUGGGUUCUGAUAUGAAAUAAGAGCAAAGUUGUAAGAACAGGCAAUUAAGCUCUCUUUUUAAAAUUCUUUUAAUAACUUAAUGUGUAAUGAUUUAGUACUUGAGUGGAUAUUGAGGUAAUAAUCUAUAAACUUUUUGUGAUAGAAUUAUGUGCUAAAUAAAAAUGCUUGCAAUAUAAAUCAAGUUGGCUUUGUUAGAAUGUGAUGACUCAAUAUGCAUUUUAAUUUCUCUUAAUUUUAAAAGCUUUGAAGUUAAGCAUAUGGUCUUAAACAUUUGUUUUUAAUCUGCAAUGGUUUGAAAGAUCUUAAGACCUGCUUACUUACCUUUUUAACUUGUUUCCUAAAUUUCUUUACUUUUAUUUUUUUUUUAAUUUUUUUAAUGUUUAUUUAUUUUUGAGACAGAGGGAGACAGAGCACGAGUGGGGGAGGGGCAGAGAGAGAGGGAGACACAGAAUCUGAAACAGGCUCCAGGCUCUGAGCUGUCAGCACAGAGCCUGAUGCGGGGCUCGAACCCACGAACCGUGAGAUGGUGACCUGAGCCGAAGUUGGAUGCUUAACUGACUGAGCCACCCAGGUGCCCCUAAAUUUCUUUACUUUUAAAGUAACAUUUAUCCUCAUCUGAGGUUUGUAGAAAUAACCCUUGGAUCAUCUGUCACUGUUUCCAAUGGUGCUCUUUGGCUCUAAAUUGCCUCAGAGUCUGAGGCCGCAAAGUGAUAGGAUUAGAUCCUAGCAGAUGGGAGAGUCCUUUCCCCAGUGGCAAAUGACUGGUAGCACACUGCUCAAGCCGGCAGUUCUGGAAACAAAGUUAUGUUUUGAGUACAAAAAUGAUCUUGAAUCCUUGUGACUUCUAACUCUAUGGUUAAAAUAAAGGACAACGUCUUGAAAAGAAGUAAUAGAAAAUUAAGCAUUGUCAUUGAUUGUAUCCAAUGUGAGCAGUUGGCAGAAGUGUUUUAAGUGGAGUCCUUUUUCUUUUUCAGGUAAGAUUUACAUGAUUAAAUAUAGAAUGAAACGACAGCCAAUAGAUAAUCAGAUACCUCAGAAUAAUGUUUGGGAAGCUGGGUUUCCUGAAGACCUGAGGCUUAGUUAUUUUAGCCUGGGGAUUUUGCCUGGGGAAAAAUGUAUGUGCCUCAACAGCUGAAGGGCUAUUCAGGAAGAAACAAAGUAAAAUGGCAUCUAUUUUAACGUGUAAUUUUGAUAUUUCAUACUUAAUCUUAUCCGUAGCAGAAAUGUCAAAAUACACCAGCUGCAGACCAUUUCUGAAGCCAUAUCUACACUACCAAAUUGAACUAGGUAGAUAAAAUCCUUAAGAAUCAAAUAGUUUUCCAUAGGGAGAAGAGGGUGUCCUUUCUAGGUAAUUCUCUGGAGGGUAGGGAAUGUGCUAGUGGAGUCAAAUUGAAGAUGUGCUGUAUUUCAAAUACAGGAACAUCCAGCCUUAAAAAACUGCUGUGGGGAGGUCAGGGGGCAGCUUUAAAAAUUGACUUAUCAUACUUAAACGUAACUAUGGAUUCUUUCACACCAUUUUCUAUCUCUAUUUAUUCCCACUUACAUUUAAAAUAACAUGUUCCUUCAUUUAUGUUUAUUUUUUUUUGUUUUAAAUUUUAACGUCAUCUCAAGUUGAAUUGUUCAUGCUAGAAAUGAUACUACAGUUCUGUCCCUCAUUUCUUUCUCCUUCAUAGACUGAGUUAUUCUAGCCAUAUGAGUUACUGUUUAAGUUAAAGUCAAGUUCUUACUAAUGGAAUGGCUAGAUUUCUAUUUUAUAUAAAUGCUUUUCUUUUGUUCACCCUGGAAGCUUACGCCUUAAAGGAAUUAAAAUAGUAAAGUCUAGGCUACCAUUUAUCCUGUCACUACAUGGCUGUUGUUUAUUGUUUUUUAUUCAAAAAUCAAGUUUCUGUAUUUAAUGACUUGGAAGAUGCAUUACAUUUUGUCAAAAUGUAAGAAUUUAUGAAAAAUAAAGAGCCUCUGGAAUCCCCAAAAGAUCAAGAAGGGGAUGUGUAUAAUUUUGCUGUUUAACACUUAUAUAAGCAUUAAUAUUUAUUAUUGAGUUUAGUAUUUUGUAUUUUCUCUUCCGUCAACAUAUAUUAUAGUGUAUUAUUUAGAGAACAUUAAACAGCUAAGAUUGAGUCACAGUAAAAAAAAAAAAUUAGGUUUUUUCUUUUUUCGUCUUUUAUUUGAAUUUUCCCCAUGGUUGUUUGGUAAAGAGCAAACAAAUUUGUUCAUGAUGAGGGCAUUUACCUUGAAUAAAACCCUGUCUGGUAUGUAUGGAAGUAAACCAAAGAACUGACAGGUUGCAGAAUGGUCACCAUCAUCUCUUACCCUAAUGCACAGACUGUUAAUGCUAAGGUAACAGAGGUAACUUUGGCAGUGAAAACCAGUGCCAUGUGCAGAUAUGGCCUUUGAUACUUAAGUUUUACUUAAUUAUUAGAGUGAACAUGAAGCACAUCAGGUUGGUUGGCUUAACUAAUAGUAUUAGUUUCCUAGCAUUUAAAAUUCAUAGAAAUGUUAGAUAAAUGCACUUUUGUUUGACCAGAGGAUUCAUUUUUUAUUAAAAUAGCCAUUAAAAAACCAAAACACAACAUUUCUAGAAACUCAUUUUUUCUAAAGAAAUACAUGAUAAGUAGAAAAUGUUUCCCUAGCCAAAUUGGUAGCCUUGUGCUCUUUAAAACUUUUUUUUAAUGUUUAUUUAUUUUUGAGAGAGAGAGAGAGAGAGUGAGCGAUCAGGAGUGGGGGAGCGGCAGAGAGAGAGAGAGAGAGACAGAAACAGAAACUGAAGUAGGCUCCAGGCUCUGAGCUGUCAGAACAGAGCCCCAUGUGGGGCUUGAACCCACAAACCUUGAGAUCGUGACCUGAGCUGAAGUCCAGCACUUAAUCGACUGAGCCACCCAGGCACCCCAAUCUUGUGCUCUUUUAGACAGCAUUAUUUGGAAUACUUUAAAAAGUACUUUUUACCCCAUAAAUGUCAAAUUAUGCCUUUUCUUUGUAACCUUUUUAAGGGGAAGUUUUAUCAAGGAAUGAGACCACUGCAUUUAAUUCACUGAAGUAAAUUAUAAUUUCAAACAUCUCUUUAUGAUGUUUUAAAGAUCAUCUUGUGUAAUGUAUACAUAUCUUUUUAGUGGAAUAUACCCCUUGGCUUUUCCGUAUUUGAUAGGUGUUGUAGCUUGGAAAGAAAACCACACAUAGAGUAAACCACAGACUCCAGGAACCGGACAGCAUGAAAAUAAAACACACUUUCAUAUAUGCAAACAGUAAAAAGCAUACAAAUUGGCCAGCUCUUUUUUUGAAGUUUUCAGUGAUAAUUAGAGAUUAAAAAAUAAUUUUGCCAUAUCUGUUGUGAUUCUCUACUCUUUCAGCCAGUUGUAGCAACCCACACACUUUCCUCAUGAGGGGAUCAGUGCACACAAAGGCUUAUGCUUUGAGGGAACCUUAGAACAUGCUUGGAUUCGAAUAUAAAAACCCCACGUUUCACAAAGACACUGGUGUAGGAUCUCCCCGACCUUUGUCCCCUUGAGAAAUAGUGAUGACAGCCAUUUAGAUCUUCCCCCACACCUCUAGUCCUCUGUAUCGAUGGAAAAAAAAUGCUUUAGACAACUGAUGACCAAGCAGUUAGCUUUACCAACCUGAGCUUUGGUGUUUGAAAUUUGGUUUUCAGUCUCAUUUCCUGCCUACUGAAGCGAUAUGGCUUUUAGACAACCAGACUUUCAAAAGUUAAAAGGCAAUAAGUCAAUCCCCCUGCAAACACAGAAACAUAGAUUCAAAUCGUAAAUAAGGAAAUGCAGUGGGUACAUUAAACAGACAUAGAAAAAUGGAUUUCUGUCUUUUGUAGUAAGGUAAUUGGGCACCACCGCUUGGCAGGAGCUGGUGCUAUUGAGCUGGCUGUAGCUGCCACAGGUUGAUAGGCAGGUGAUCAGGCAGCUUCCACCAGGGUCUGCACAGGAGGCCUACCUAAUAUGCUGUCUGCCCUAAGGGCCUAUGGGAACACAGUUGGAUUAUUAUGUUAAUGCAUGAGCCUGCUGCCCUCUUCCUAUCCCAGCUGGGUUCCCUGUUGUUAGGAACUGCUUUGCACUGACAGUGGAGUAAUAUGCUUCAUGAUUGAAAGGGCAAAGGGGCUUGGAGGAAAAAAAAAAAAAAAGAAUAGGCCUGUACAGAUAUGUAAAUGAAGGAAGGAAAUCUGUAGGAAGAUUU